AUGGCAGUAACGCUCACCUUCGACAGAGAUACGGCCAUGGUCCGGCAGGCCAUGCUUCCACGUCUCCCGGUGGAGAUCUGGUUGCUAAUCAUCGAUGAGCUCGGAGCAGAAGGCGAGUACGAUGCGUUGAUGGCGUGCGCGGGUGCUAGCGACGGGUUAAUGAAUGAGAGAGCACGGAGCUACGUUCCAUUCCAAAUGUCAUUUAGGACGCCGGAGGAGGUUGCGAGCAUCAAUCUGCGGCAGCGCUGGAAGGGUCCAUACGCAGUGCGCAUCCUGGGAGGAAUGCGUCGUGGUGAGCGGCUUCCGAUUCCACAUCUGGCGACAUUCGCGUCGAGGCUCGCACAAAGGUGGACUGUUCCGGAGCUGACGAUCGAGAACGCGGAGUGGCGGGCGCGGGAUCUCGAUCCCCGUUCCGUCUUACUCGAUUUGGCCUGUUUCAACGAGAUCCGGCAUCUCCACCUCGCUGGUGUCACGUUUCCGACGGUCCUGACGUUUUGGCGGCUCAUCUGCGCCCUCCCACACCUCGACAACCUUUACCUUUACGACGUCGAGAUUGUCAAGACUGCAGCCAAUGUCCACACAGCGUUAUGCCUUCUGCCCGCCUCACAGAUACGGUGCAUCCACCUGCCGACGCCACCGCCCACGAAACCCGUCGUCGGGCGACCUCAAUCAUUCGCAAGGCAUUCUGUCCCGCUGCUAGAGCAGAGCAUGUCACCUCUCAAGACGCCUCCAUGGAGGAAUGUUCACAAACUGAUCCUGUGGGAUGUCACGCUUCCGACGGCGGAGGCCUUCGCACGCGUGCUUGUAGCCCUUCCUGCCCUCAUGACCCUCGUUAUCAACGGACCAUGUACGUUCUCGGAACAUGGCUUCAACCCGAGCGAUGUCCCUCUGCGCCCGGACAUGCUAAAGAAAUUGACAACUGUUGAGUUGGGCAAGAGCUUCUCCCUAUUCUCUGAUCCUCAGUCUGUUCACGACCUCGUUGACAUCUUCGUUCAAUCUGGCGCCAGCGGUCAUCUGACAGAGAUCAUGGCCUGGCUGUACCAGUCCCUGCAUGUAGCGACAAGCAUAGAUGUCGCUCUCAAUCGACUCGUCAAGCACGCGGGCCAAUUACUGAGGAAGCUUAACCUCCGAGUACUUUCGCAAGACAACUCAUGGCUAUGCAAUGAAGUGUCGACAUAUGCAACCCCGAGUACAGCUCGUUGCUUUGAUAUCUCGGCGAAUACAUAUCUCGGCUACUUUCUCUAUUCAGUUGAAAUCAUACAUGAUGAUGAUUCCACAAUUUCUGCUGUCGUGGAGCUUCUUCACCAGGUCACGUCAGCACACAUAUCUCACGUCAAUUUGAUCUUUUGUGUCAUGGAUGAAGCAGACCUGGCAAAGUGGUGGACUAGCCUCCCACAGCUCGAUGCAGCCCUCUCGCGGGAGGUCUUCCACAUGCUUGACACAGUCCGCAUACGAUUCUUUCGUGGGAACAAUUGCAGAGAGAUUCCUGUUGCUGCGGUGAGGACAUGGCUACCAGGGCUAGAUGCACGUGAUAUUCUGCGGUGUGUACCUCCAUAG